UCCUAUGAGGUGAGGUUAAGGUGACCCCUGACCCCGCUCCCACAGCGCCCCUCCACCAGGCAGCAGGACUAAGGGAUGUCACGGGGCUUCCUGCUGCUCACGCUGCUCACAGUCUUCUCCAGCAUCCAAGUGUCCCCAGCUAAGCCAUUAAAGGCGUUGAUGCAGAGAUGGGUGAUGUACACGGAGGAGUGUAGCCGCAAUCACAGCAGAGAACCGCCGCUCACUGGUGUUGUGUGUAACAGGACCUUUGACAUGUAUGCAUGCUGGCCCGAUGGACUCGCCAACACUACUGUCAGUGUGUCCUGUCCCUGGUACCUGCCCUGGCACCACAAAGUCCAGCAUGGUUCGGUGUACAGGGAGUGUGACGCGGACGGCCACUGGGUUCCCCAGAAGAACACGAGCGAGUGUGAUGCUAAUGAUCCUGCUCAGCCUCACUAUGGUCAGAUCCUCAAGAAGUUCCGGACCAUGUACACCGUGGGCUACUCUCUGUCUCUGGGGGCUCUGGUGUUAGCGCUCGGAAUCCUGAUCACUUUCAGGAAGCUCCACUGUAUGAGGAACAACAUCCACAUGAACCUGUUUGCGUCCUUCAUCCUGCGUGCUCUGUCCAUCCUGAUAAAGGACGCCAUGUUGGAGGCUCCCAGCGUCAACAUCGGACAGGACCAGGAUGUUACAGACUAUGAGGUGGAGUGGCUCGUCAACAACGAGACGGCGGUGGGGUGUCGUAUCGCCGUGGUGAUGAUGCAGUACAGUAUCAUGGCUAACAGCUAUUGGCUGCUGGUGGAAGGCAUCUACCUCCACAACCUGCUGGUCAUCACCGUGUUCACUGAGAGAAACUACUUCAACAUCUACCUGUGUAUCGGCUGGGGUGCCCCUCUGAUCUUCCUGGUGCCCUGGGUGAUGGUGAAAUACCUGUAUGAAAAUGAGGAGUGCUGGGAGCAGAAUAUCAACAUGCAGUUCUGGUGGAUCAUACGGUCACCUAUACUGUUAGCAGUUGUGAUUAACUUCCUGAUCUUCAUCCACAUAAUAAAGAUCCUGGUGUCCAAACUGAGGGCUCACCAGAUGAGAUACUCCGACUACAAGUUCCGGUUGGCUAAGUCUACCCUAACCCUGAUCCCUCUACUAGGGAUACACUUGGUGGUGUUUGUCUUCGUGACAGAUGAGUCCACCAAGGCCACCAUCACCCUGCGUCUCACCAAACUCUUCAUCGACCUCUUCUUCACCUCCUUCCAGGGUCUUCUGGUAGCUAUCUUAUACUGCUUUGUCAACAAAGAGGUCCAGUCAGAGAUCCUGAAGAAGUGGAAGCGUUGGAAGCUGGGUCGUAACAUCGAGGAGGAGUACCGCCACACCUAUAGCCAGACGCCCCACCUCAACACUAAGAGCAGCAGCCUGCUGGGUCACGACCCCUCGCACCCCUCCUCAAUGCUCCUCCACCCCCACCUCCCCGACAUCACCACCUCCUCCCCUGCUCCCCCUGGCCAGGGCCCAGGCUGCUCCCCAGAGGAGAAGCACCUCCUGGUGGUGAGCUGUCAGAAUGGCAUGGGGCGGAGCAGGAAGAACACAGGGUCGUCCAUGCAGUUCCCCUCCCUACCACGUGAGGGCACCAUCAGCUGUAGUCACACACUGAUAGAGGAUCAUAUGGAUGAAAUCUGCUUGACGGACAGGGUGUCAGAGUGUUACGAGGCUCCUAGAGGAAAUGCAGAGAGCCACCUCUGAGACUGGAGAGGAUGGGGAAGAUUAAUGACGUAACACCCUGGUAACUACAGUAGAGACUGGAGAGGACGGGGAAGAUUAAUGACGUAACACCCUGGUAACUACAGUAGAGACUGGAGAGGACGGGGAAGAUUAAUGACGUAACACCCUGGUAACUACAGUAGAGACUGGAGAGGACGGUGAAGAUUAAUGACGUAACACCCUGGUAACUACAGCAGAGACUGGAGAGGACGGGGAAGAUUAAUGACGUAACACCCUGGUAACUACAGCAGAGACUGGAGAGGACGGGGAAGAUUAAUGACGUAACACCCAGGUAACACUCUGGAGCUGGGCAGUGUGUUUCAGGAGAGGUGUGUUUCUCAAUGGCCGUCACCCUGGACCUAUGUUAAUGAGCGAGAUGGCCUUGACAGACCCAGGACCAGUGUGUGUCUCAAUGUUCGUAUCGUCACCCUGAAACAGUGUUAGUGGGAGAGAGAGACACCUACUCGACCCUCUCCAAUCCACAGCCAAAUGAGAGAAACAUAGAACAAGCUAGACCUACCAUGUUGGACCCCACUGACCCAGACCAGCCCUCCCAUGUUGGACCCCUCUGACCCAGACCAGCCCUCCCAUGUUGGACCCCUCUGACCCAGACCAGACCUCCCUCUGACGUCCUAUGACAGUGGAUGUCCUGCGAGUCACAUGGAUUGAUAUGUGUUUUCUCUUCAACAGUCAAACAGACAGCAUGGACUCACUGCUGCAGGACUCACUGCUGCAGGUCUCACUGCUGCUGCAGGACUCACUGCUGCAGGACUCACUGCUGCAGGACUCACUGCUGCAGGACUCACUGCUGCAGGACUCACUGCUGCAGGUCUCACUGUUGCAGGUCUCACUGUUGUAGGACUCACUGCUGCAGGAGUCACUGCUGCAGGACUCACUGCUGCAGGACUCACUGCUGCAGGACUCACUGUUGCUGCAGGACUCACUGCUGCUGCAGGACUCACUGCUGCAAGACUCACUGCUGCAGGUCUCACUGUUGCAGGUCUCACUGCUGCAGGACUCACUGCUGCAGGUCUCACUGCUGCAGGACUCACUGUUGCUGCAGGACUCACUGUUGCAGGACUCACUGCUGCAGGUCUCACUGCUGCAGGACUCACUGCUGCUGCAGGUCUCACUGCUGCAGGUCUCACUGCUGCAGGUCUCGCUGCUGCAGGACUCACUGUUGCAGGACUCACUGUUGCAGGACUCACUACUGCAGGACUCACUGUUGCAGGACUCACUACUGCAUGUCUCACUGUAGCAGGACUCACUGUUGCAGGACUCACUGUUGCAGGACUCACUGUUGCAGGUCUCACUGUAGCAGGACUCACUGUUGCAGGACUCACUGCUACAGGACUCACUGUUGCAGGACUCACUGUUGCAGGACUCACUGUUGCAUGUUCACAAAGCCAAAAAGGAGAAGAAUAAAAACAACUUCCAAAGCUAAA